AUGAUGGUUAUAUCGGGGCUGUCCGGGCUUAUAGCGGGGGCGUGCAGCAUGGCUAUUGGCGAGUACAUUUCGGUAUACGGGCAACGCGACUCGGAGGAGGCGGAUCUAAAAAGAGAGCGGGAAGAAUUUGAGAAGGGCCCCGAAGCGGUGGCGCGGGAGUUGCGCGAGCUGACGCAGAUCUACGUGUCGCGCGGUGUGCCGCACGAUCUGGCGCGACAGGUGGCGGAGGCGCUGCAUGAGAGCGAUCCGAUAAGAGCACACGCGAGGGAGGAAUUGGGCAUCGACUUGGAUGACUUGUCGGAUCCGGGGCAGGCGGCAGUGGUUUCGGCUAUCUCCUUCUUUCUGGGGGGGAUUCUUCCCCUCCUCUCAGGCUGCUUCAUUACAGAUUACAAGGCGCGCAUCACUGUACUCGUCGGCCUAUCCACCACGCUCUUUGUCUUUUUGGGCGCGAUCGGCGCGUGGCUGGGCGGCGCACCUCAGGCCCGGGCGGCACUGAGGACGACUGUGGGUGGCUGGCUGGCCAUGGCAAUCACCUACUCAGUUGUGUGGGCUUUCGGUGCUUCAGAUCUGCUGGCGGCAGGAGUGAGGGGUGGUCUUUUCAACUUGAUCCAGAGAGUCCAUGUAUGGGCGUGGUGUGUGGGCGUGGUGUAUGUGCGUGGUGUAUGGGCGUGGUGUGUGGGCGUGGUGUAUGGGCGUGGUGUGUGGGCGUGGUGUAUGGGCGUGGUGUGUGGGCGUGGUGUAUGGGCGUGGUGUGUGGGCGUGGUGUAUGGGCGUGGUGUGUGGGCGUGGUGUAUGGGCGUGGUGUGUGGGCGUGGUGUAUGGGCGUGGUGUGUGGGCGUGGUGUAUGGGCGUGGUGUGUGGGCGUGGUGUGUGGGCGUGGUGUAUGGGCGUGGUGUGUGGGCGUGGUGUAUGGGCGUGGUGUGUGGGCGUGGUGUAUGGGCGUGGUGUAUGGGCGUGGUGUGUGGGCGUGGUGUGUGGGCGUUGUGUGUGGGCGUGGUGUGCGGGCGUUGGGGAGUGCAUGGGUUCACAUAG